AUGGGAUUAUUUGACAGCUUGCGUCACGAAGUCGUCGACAUCAUCGAAUGGCUCGACCAUACCCGCGACACCUUGGUGUGGCGCUUUCCGAGAUAUCGCAACGAAAUCAAAAACGGUGCCCAGCUCAUCGUGCGUCCCGGCCAAGUGGCCGUUUUGGUGCACCGCGGCGAGCUCGCGGAUGUUUUCGAGCCCGGACACCAUCGACUGACGACCGACAACGUGCCGAUCUUGAGCCGACUCCAAGGUUGGAGGCACGGCUUUGAGAGCCCGUUUAAAUCCGAGGUCUAUUUCGUUAACACGCGUCAGAUUGUCGACCUCAAAUGGGGUACUCCCAAUCCGAUUCCGGUGCGCGACCCUGAAUUCGGACCGAUUCGCCUUCGCGCUUUCGGCACCUACACCCUGAGAGCGACCGAUCCUCGCGCGUUGCUCCGGGAGCUGGUCGGCACGGACGACCAUUUUGAGGCCGACGAGAUCCAUGAGCUGAUGCGCGGCUUGAUCCACUCGUCCCUCGCUCAG